CUCUAGCCCCGCCCACCCGCGGGCCGCGGUCCCGGGAGCCCAGCGCUGCAGCGAGCCUGGCGCUCCGCCGACAUGAGGCCUUGGGUCCAGCGCAGGAGCUUCCUGGCUCCCGACUUGCUGCUGCACCAGCUGGCCAUCGUCACCGGCGGGGCCACGGGCAUCGGGAAGGCCAUCGCCACCGAGCUCCUGCAUCUGGGAUGUAAUGUGGUCAUUGCAUCUCGUAAUUUUGAUCGAUUAAAAUCUACUGCAGAAGAACUGAGGGCCAGCCUACCCCCGACCAACAAGGCUCAGGUCACUCCCAUAAAAUGCAACAUUCGCAAAGAAGAAGAGGUGAACAAUUUGGUCAGAUCCACCUUAGAGAUUUAUGGUAAAAUCAAUUUUUUGGUAAACAAUGGAGGAGGCCAGUUCAUGGCUGCUAUGGAACACAUUAAUGCAAAGGGAUGGCAUGCUGUGAUUGAAACCAACCUGACAGGCACCUUCUACAUGUGCAAAGCAGUUUACAAUUCCUGGAUGAAAGAGCAUGGAGGAUCUAUUGUCAAUAUUAUUAUCCUUACUAGAAAUGGAUAUCCAGGAUUUACGCAUAGUGGAGCUGCCAGAGCAGGGGUUUACAACCUCACCAAAUCCUUAGCUGUGGAAUGGGCCAGCAGUGGAAUAAGGAUCAACUGUGUUGCCCCUGGAACCAUUUAUUCCCCGAGUGCUGUUGACAACUAUGGUCCUUUGGCAGAAAACAUGUUUGCAGGGUACUUUGAGAAAAUCCCAGCUAAGCGAAUUGGAGUGCCUGAGGAGAUCUCCUCGGUGGUCUGCUUCCUGCUGUCUCCUGCAGCUUCCUUCAUCACUGGACAGUUGGUGAACGUGGACGGGGGCCAGUCUCUGUAUACGCACAUAUUCGACGUACCAGAUCAUGACAACUGGCCUGAUGGAGCAGGGGACGUAUCCUUUGUCAAACAUUUGAAGAAUACUUUCAAGAGUAAAAGCAAGCUCUAAGCUAAGGAAACUAUAGAGGUAUCUCUGGUCUCCAAAUGCCUUAAUAUAUCAAGAAUGCACCUUGGUACUUUACGGGAGCUAAUAAUUUGUAUGCAGCAAUCACUAUCCGCCUUUUUAACGUUAUCAAAUUGUACUUAUGCAAAAACUAUUCCCAAAAUAAGUGCAUUUUUAAGCCCCAACCAACACCAUGUGAUUAAAGAUUUCUUUUUUAGGAAUGGUGCUUAGCA